UUCAACUCGACCUCCACCUCCACGUCCAUGUACAUAUAUCCCCGAUCCGAAACCACUUUCACAACCAUGUCAAGUUCAAAUAACGCAGUCCAACGUACCUGAGCCGUUGCUUUUGCGCAGAUCUUGAAUGACUUUGAGCAGAUUUUGACUGUUCACGCGUCCACCAUUUGAAGAUCUGAUUCAUCCAGAUAUUCUUCAAAUACACCCACCCAUCCCACCACAUGUUAUAACAAAUCACCGCCACUACCAUCAGCUGUCAAACAUAUUACUUCAACCUUCAACAAUUCCUUCAACAUGUCUCAAGCAAUUCGAAGACACAAUACAGGCCUCAGUACAAGGAGUACCCGGUCUGGACACAGUGAUGAUUCGCACGACUCUCAAAGCACCACACCGACAUCGCUCUACAGCAGUCCAGCUCCCUCGAUGCAAGCUAUGUACUCAAAGCAGCAACCUGAUAUCUCCCCCGCCACGACCUACUACCCACGGUCGUCGACAGAAACAUACUCCUCGACAGUAGAGUCCCUCGAAGAGCUAUGCGAAGAACCAGAGUCCUACGAUCCCGAGUAUCAAGUACCCGAGUAUCGAGAAGUCAUUGACGAGAACAUCCGGGCUUCCAACCCUUCAGACUUUGCAGAGUACUUCCCUUCAACAAAGAGGUUGACUAUCUGCCAUGAUACCACCACACAUGAUGCGAAUUGGAACCUACGAGUCGAUGGCGAGGACAGAAAGAAGAGACCCAUCCAGCUCUUCCACCUAAAGAUGAACGACCUUUCAAAACGAGAAUUCUCCCUCCGCAGAUACGAGCGAGCUUCAGGUCGAGAGGUGUGCCACUCAUGUAGGAAGAACAAGCCCGUCGUCGAGAAGAGGCCCACGGAGAAAUUGACUCGAUCAAUGAGCACCGCCUUCGCCAGCAUCAAGCCAGAGUUCAAGAGGACAAACUCAGGACUAUCAUCUCACAGCAGGAAGAACAUGAAGCGUCAAGACAGCGGCUACGUUUCUAGUGAUGACUACGAGCCCGAUUUCGAAGAGUUCAUGAACAAGGCCAAGGCAGUCCAGAUCCCUACCAACACAACCAAGCUCGAGUUCUCCAACUACGCACAAGUAGAGGUCAAGCGUCGAGGCGCCAAGUCUACGAAGCGAUACGAGUUUGAAUAUUGGGGUCACGACUACGUCUGGAAGCGGGUCACCAAGAAAGAUGGAUCCGGGAAGGAAGUCUCAUAUCAUCUAUACAAAGACGAAGGUGGCCCUGCCGUGGCACACAUCGUCCCCGAACUGCGCUCUCCAGCGCAGAUUGAAGAUGAAGAGAGGAACGGCGGAUGGGUGCCUCCCAGCUCUCUGUGGAUCAGCGACAAGAGCAUCACCGGCGAGGCACUCACUGAUGUGGCGGAAGUCAUCGUAGCAACAGGCCUCAUAGCCCUAGUCGAUGAUUGUAUCAAACGACACUUCCACCCCCGCCCCGUCCACAAAACACACCACGUCCCAGCCACGAAAUACGAGAUGGAGUUCGUGAACCCGAGGACGAUGGUGUCAAAUAUGUUUAAGCGCCGCAACUCAGGCGGGUCAUCCAAGUCGGAACAGAGUCAACGGAGCUCGCCGUUGCGGUAUCAGAGCCCGGUUGCGGCUUAUUAGGAAUUACAGAACAGAAUAUCAAAGAACAGAACAGCGGAAUAACAGAUCGCUGGUGGGCAUUUGCAAGGAAGGAUAACAUGGCACAGGACCUGCGGUGCAGGGUAGGGUUGUUACAUAGCAGGAACAAGGGCAU